AUGGCCGAAGCCGAAGUCCCCGAGGUUCCGUCCUACGACGUCCCUUCCCGUCUGUUGGGAAAGGACGGCCGUCCUGCGCCUCACGUCAAUGCUGAAAAAUACAAGACCGACUAUCCCGAGUCGAUCAACAACACCGACGAGUUCUUUGGCAAGAUGGGCAGGGAACUGAUCGACUGGGACAUUCCCUUCAAGACGGUCCGUUCCGGUGGAUUCGAGAACGGCGACGUCGCCUGGUUCAACGAGGGCCGUCUCAACGCUGCCUACAACUGCGUCGACCGCUGGGCUCACAAGUACCCCGACCGCGUCGCCAUCAUCUACGAGGCUGACGAGCCUGGCCAGCACCAGGAGAUCACAUACUCGCAGCUCCUCGUUCAGGUCUCGCAGGCCGCCAACAUGCUCAAGACCCUCGGCGUCAAAAAGGGCGACACGGUCAUCGUUUAUCUCCCCAUGAUCCCCGAGGCCGCCGUCGCCCUCCUCGCGUGUGCGCGUAUCGGUGCCAUCCACUCGGUUGUCUUUGCAGGCUUCUCUGCCGACUCACUGCGCGACCGAACCAACGACUGUGGUGCUCGUGUCGUCAUCACCACCGACGAGGGCAAGCGUGGUGGCCGCAACAUUGCCACCAAGAGCAUCGUCGAUGCGGCGCUCAAGGAGUGCCCUAACGUCGAGCACGUCGUCAUGGUCAAGCGCACCGGAGGGCAGGUCAACAUCGACGAGAAGCGCGACAUCUGGUGGCACGAGGCUUGCUCGCGCGAGCGUGCCUACUGCCCUCCCGAGUCGGUGAGCUCCGAGGACCCGCUGUUCAUCCUCUACACGUCCGGAUCCACGGGCAAGCCCAAGGGUGUGGUGCAUGCCACCGCAGGUUACUUGCUCGGCACCGCGCUGACACUCCGACACGUCUUUGACGUGCACCCGGACAGGGGCGACCGCUUCGCCUGCAUGGCCGAUGUCGGCUGGAUCACGGGACACUCGUACAUCGUCUACGGCCCGCUCAUGAACGGUGUCACCACGCUCAUCUUCGAGUCGACGCCCGUCUACCCAUCGCCUUCGCGCUACUGGGAGAUUGUCGACACGCACAAGCUCACCCAGUUCUACACGGCGCCCACCUCGAUCCGUCUGUUGCGACGCCUGGGUGAUGAGCACGUCAAGAAGCACGACCUCUCUUCGCUGCGUGUGAUCGGAUCCGUCGGCGAGCCCAUCAACCCGGAGGCGUGGCACUGGUACAACGACAACGUCGGCCGACAGCAGUGUGCCAUUGUCGACACGUACUGGAUGACCGAGUCCGGCUCCAUCAUGAUCACGCCUUUGCCCGGUGCCACCAAGACCAAGCCCGGUUCGGCCACUUUCCCCUUCUGGGGUAUCAAGCCCGUCCUGCUCGACCCUACCUCGGGCACGGUGCUGGAGGGCAAUAACGUCGAGGGUGUGCUCGCCAUUGGUCAGCCAUGGCCUUCGGUGGCGCGUACCAUCUUCAACGACCACCAGCGUUUCCUCGAGACGUACAUGCGCGCUUACAAGGGCUACUUCUUCACCGGUGACGGUGCUGCUCGCGACAAGGACGGCUACAUUUGGAUCAAGGGUCGUGUCGACGAUGUCAUCAACGUCUCGGGUCACCGUCUUUCGACUGCCGAGAUCGAAUCGGCGCUCAUCCAGCACCCCGGUGUCGCCGAGACCGCCGUGGUGGGCAUUCCGGACGAGGUGACGGGCCAGACGAUUGCCGCCUACGUCACGCUCAAGCCCGAGUUCUCGUAUGACUCGGAGGAGGCGCUCACCAAGGAGCUCGUGAUCCAGGUGAGGAGGAACAUUGGUCCCUUUGCUGCUCCCAAGAAGAUCAUCAUCGUGUCGGAUCUACCCAAGACGAGGUCGGGCAAGAUCAUGCGUCGCCUGCUGCGAAAGUGCGCCUCGCACGACACGGACAACUUGGGCGACUUGAGCAGUCUGGCCGAUCCCUCGGUGAUCGACCACAUCAAGGAGAAGACGAAUGCCUUUGACAAAAAGUGA